GCAUCUCACACUUAAAUCAUGGCACAGCAGCCUCUCAUUUCUGUUUUCCUGCUUGUACAAUGUAUUUCUGUGGUAUUCUCUGAUUACUACGGUACCACUGUAGCGGAUUACCAGUAUGAGGAUUUUGCAUUCGACCAGUUCAUGAACACAACCGAAGCGAUAUGGGUGGUUAACACAACGCAACAAAAAUCUCCCUUGUGCAUAAAAGAUGUGAACAGUAAUAUGACGACAAAUAAUGAGACAUUCUUUACAAGGUCUUACAAGAACAAUAGCCAAUAUACAGAAAAGCAGCUGAAAGGAGAGUUUGGUUACCAUGACCAAGAUGCUGCCAAAUUAUUUGACAAGAUGACUGUUUAUGAAGUGAACGAUACUGAGGAAAUAGACGAGGAGAUAUUAGAAUACCUAAGCGAUGGCAAGAAUUGUGCCGUGGUUACAGUAUUGGAUCACAGUAACAUUGAAUUAGGUACGCAAGUCUGGCGUGAUCUCCGGGUAAAAGAUACAUAUGUCACCAAUAGAACCAGCCCUGACUACAAAAACUGUUCGGAACGUUUCAACGAGAUUGUAAAACUGACGAAGAAGAACUGGACAUUACCUUACACUUCCGAAUGCCAGAACGCGCAGAGUGGAACUGACAAGACCACGUAGACUAAGUACAGUCAGUUAAAGUGCAUUAUAGGAGCAUAAUUAAAACCAGCUACAUUUAUUUCACAAGUA